GAGCGAGCGCGCGCAGUCUCUCCCGCGCACAGAGCGACGCGUCGACUAACCGCGCACUCCGGCAACAGCAUAAUAGCGCGGCGCGAUGAAAAGAGCUUAUCAAUGCUAAUGACUCGAAGUGACGGCGAUGGUGUGAAGUCCCGCCCCCCGCUCAUCUCUGCGCACACGUGAGCGCGUACCAUCGAUGCCGCUGCCGCUGCCGUUGCUGGCUCGCUGACUCCCCCCACUACCCCUCCGCCGUCUCCUCCUCCUCCUCCUCCUCGGCUACGCCCGCGUCUUUGAACGUGUGCGCGCCCGCCGCCAGCCGGACUUGCUCUCGAGCAGCGACGAUGUAGUGAUGAGUGGUGAGUGUUGAUGAUGACACGCAGUGCGACGACGUAACGCCAGCGAACAGCGACACGAGUUUCUCUCUCGCGCGCGCGUAUACGCGCCAACCUGAAGCGUCGACCUGCAUGCGUGAGCGCGUGGAGUUUUUCUCUUCUCUCGUUUGAGCUCGUGCUGCAGCGUAACUGCAGACGACCGGUAGUUCUCUCCGUGUGUAUGUACUUAAUGUCGAGAUAACCACGCAUCGAACGAAGAACGUCCGCGGUAUUUAUACACACCGAUAUAUAUAUAUACACACAUACGUAUAAGCCACCCCGGACUCCACGGAGGUUUACUUAUCGACAUUUCCACACACACUCGGCCAACACGAUGAUGUGCCACGGCGCCGCUCUGUCUGUCGCGGGUGUGCUGCUGCUACUGAUAGCAGUCUCGCAGGCGAAGUACCUGAACAUGUUCAAGGCGCAGCACUCGCCCCCGGACCCUUGCUUCGACGAGAAGGACGAGCCGACGCGAUGCAUCGCCGACUUCGUCAACGCCGCCUUCGGCAAGCCCGUGGAGGCGACGAGCACGUGCGGCACGCCCGCCUCGCGCUACUGCUUGCCCGUGAAGCCUGUGCUCAUGAAGGAGACCAACAACCUGGAUCUGAGCGAGGACGUUGUUACUGGAGAGCUGGAGCGUCAGUGCGGCAUCUGCGACGCCGAGCACAGCAAGCGUCGACACCCGUCCGCUUAUCUCACCGACCUCAACAACCCGCAGAACAUCACCUGCUGGAUGUCGGAGCCGAUAGCGCCGUCGAAUCCGACCAACGUCAGCCUGACGCUGUCGCUCGACAAGAAGUUCGAGCUGACCUACGUCAGCCUGCAGUUCUGCUCGCAGCGACCCGACUCGAUGUCCAUCUACAAGAGCGUCGACUACGGCAAGACGUGGAUCCCGUUCCAGUACUACUCGAGCCAGUGCAAGAAGAUGUACGGCAAGCCGACGAAGGCGAUCAUCACCAAGGCCAACGAGCAGGAGGCGCUCUGUCUCGACCCCACCACCAGCGUCGACUCGAUGUUCACGAGCGGUCGCGUCGCCUUCUCGACGCUCGAGGGCCGCCCGUCGGCGUUCGACUUCGACAACAGCCCCGUGCUGCAGGACUGGGUGACGGCCACCGACAUCAAGGUAGUCUUCAACCGACUGUCGGCCUACAGCAGCGAGAACGACUCGAGUCCUGGCGAGAGUUACUUCUACGCCGUGUCCGAUUUCUCCGUCGGCGGCCGCUGCAAGUGCAACGGACACGCGUCCAAGUGCGUCCGAAACCGCGAGGGCAAGCUCGUGUGCGACUGCAAGCACAACACGGCCGGAGCGGAGUGCGAGAGAUGUAAGCCGUUCCACUACGAUCGGCCCUGGGGUCGGGCGACGUCGCUGGAAGGCAACGAAUGCGUCGCGUGCCAGUGCAACCUGCACGCCCGCAGAUGCCGGUUCAACAUGGAGCUGUACAAGCUGUCCGGUCACAAGAGCGGCGGCGUUUGUCUCAACUGUCGCCACAACACCGCUGGGCGGCACUGCCACUACUGCAAGGAAGGAUUCUUCAGAGAUUCAUCGAAACCGAUCAACCACCGGAAGGCAUGCAAACCCUGUGCGUGCCAUCCGUCGAACGUCUGGAAGACAUGCACCACGACUGGGCAGUGUCCGUGCAAGGACGGAGUGACGGGCACUUGUAACCGAUGCGCUAAGGGAUACCAACAGAGCCGCUCGCCAGUGGCGCCAUGCAUCACCGAGAAGCAAUUGCGAGUGUGCGGAAUUAGCAUAUUAGUUGUUAACGAAGGCGUCGUCGGCAGCGACGAGAACAGGUACCGAAUUCAUGACGACGGAGCCGAGCAAGGGUCGCGAACAGACAGACCCACGUACGACAGUAACCGGGCCACGACCAGUAGAGGUAAAUGUGGAAAGUGCAGGGCCAACGCGCGACGAGUCAACCAACGCAAAUACUGCAAGCGGGAUUUCGCACUCUACGCUCACGUGCUGAAGCGAGAGUCGGCGGACAGCCAGUGGGUGCGGUUCACGGCGAACGUCAUGUCCGUGUUUAAGAAGGGCGCCGAUAUCAAGCGAGGCGAGAUGCAGCUGUGGGUGCAGCAGAGCGAUCUCAGCUGCAAAUGUCCGAAGAUCAGAACCAACAGGUAA